UUGGCUUGUUUCCCGUGCCGUUUUCUCCUCUGCCUCUGCCUCUCUCCCCUAUUAAAGACACGCGAGGCCGAGCUGCCUGCCACCACGCGGUGCUCGCGGCCGGAUUGGUGCCACGCACAGGCACAUAGAGAGAAGCGGGGCGGGGCGGCGGAGAGGCUCGAGUCGUCUUCCGCUCCUCCUCCUCGUCCUCCCACGCGCAACGGAUCGGGGGAUUCGGCCGCUUCUACCGGCGAUUGUUGCCUGGAAUGGAUUCUCCAGCGCCCAAUGCCGCCAACCCACCGGCGCCGGCGGCGGAGCCAGCAGCGCAGCCGCGGCUGCUGCCAGACUUCCUCCAGUCGGUGCGGCUCAAGUACGUGAAGCUGGGGUACCACCACCUCAUCUCCCACGGCAUGUACCUGCUGCUGUCGCCGCUCAUGGCCCUGGUGGCCGUGCAGCUCUCCACCGUGUCCCCGGGCGACCUCGCCGACCUGUGGGAGCAGCUCCGGUUCAACCUCGUCUCCGUGCUCGUCUGCUCCACCCUCCUCGUCUUCCUCUCCACCGUCUACUUCCUCACCCGCCCCCGCCCCGUCUACCUCGUCGACUUCGCCUGCUACAAGCCGGAGCCGGAGCGCCGGUGCACGCGCCAGACCUUCAUGCGCUGCUCCGAGGCCACCGGCUCCUUCACCGACGCCAACCUCGACUUCCAGCGCAAGAUCCUCGAGCGGUCGGGGCUGGGCGAGGACACCUAUCUGCCCCCCGCCGUGCUCCGGGUGCCCCCCAACCCGUGCAUGGACGAGGCGCGCAAGGAGGCGAGCACCGUCAUGUUCGGCGCCAUCGACCAGCUGCUGGAGAAGACCGGGGUGAGGCCCAAGGACAUCGGCAUCCUGGUCGUCAACUGCAGCCUGUUCAACCCGACGCCGUCGCUGUCGGCCAUGGUGGUGAACCACUACAGGCUGAGGGGCAACAUUGUGAGCUACAACCUGGGCGGGAUGGGCUGCAGCGCCGGGCUGCUGUCCAUCGACCUCGCCAAGGACCUGCUGCAGGUGCACCCCAACUCGUACGCGCUGGUCAUCAGCAUGGAGAACAUCACCCUCAACUGGUACUUCGGGAACGACCGCUCCAUGCUGGUGUCCAACUGCCUGUUCCGGAUGGGCGGCGCGGCGAUCCUGCUCUCCAACCGGCGGUCCGACCGGCGGCGCUCCAAGUACGAGCUGGUGCACACCGUCCGCACCCACAAGGGCGCGGACGACAAGUGCUUCGGCUGCGUGACGCAGCAGGAGGACGAGGCCGGCAAGGUGGGCGUGUCGCUCUCCAAGGACCUGAUGGCGGUGGCCGGCGACGCGCUCAAGACCAACAUCACCACCCUGGGCCCGCUGGUGCUCCCGCUGUCGGAGCAGCUGCUGUUCAUGGCGACGCUGGUGGCGAAGAAGGCCUUCAAGGUGAAGAUCAAGCCCUACAUCCCGGACUUCAAGCUGGCGUUCGAGCACUUCUGCAUCCACGCGGGCGGGCGCGCCGUGCUGGACGAGCUGGAGAAGAACCUGGGGCUGACGGAGUGGCACAUGGAGCCGUCGCGGAUGACGCUGUACCGGUUCGGCAACACGUCGAGCAGCUCGCUGUGGUACGAGCUGGCCUACAGCGAGGCCAAGGGCCGCAUCGGGCGGCGCGACAGGGUCUGGCAGAUCGCCUUCGGCUCCGGAUUCAAGUGCAACAGCGCCGUCUGGAGGGCUCUGCGCACGGUGGCGCCGGAGGCCGAGGAGAAGAACCCGUGGGCGGACGAGAUCGACCGCUUCCCCGUCGAGGUUCCCAGGGUCUCCAGGGUUGGGAGCGCCUGAUCGACUGCUGCUCGUCCAAGCUGGCAACCUUGAUUGAUUCAUUUGAUUGGGUGAUUGCCAUUGCCAUCUCCUGGUUCAUUUUUAACUUUUUUUGAAACAAUCUCCUGGUUCAAUCAAUCCUUGAGAACAUGCAUGCAUGAUUUGGGCUGUUGUUUUAGGUUGUACUCCCUGCGUCCGGUAAUACUUGUCAUCAAAAUGGAUUUUUUUUCGAGAGUACGCUAAUAGCGUACCAUAUUUUUAUAGAAGAUGAAGAAAGCAUAA